AUGCUUCCCGUUUCGCGACCAGAGGGCCACAUGAACCUCAAUUUCAUCCCGACUGCUCAACCGAUGUCUGGACCUUCCACGGGACGCAGCUCCCCUAGCGACUUGUCCGCAUCUGCCGCUGUCAAAUCGCCAUUUGGACCCGCAAAUGGCCUGGGUAGCGCAGCGGGUGCCAUUGGAGGUGCGCGGUUAGGGGCUGGCUCCCCUUCUCACGAGCUUGGAGCUCGCCUGUACUCGAAACGUGCCCGAGAAAUCCAAGCCGAAGAAGGUGUCUCCCCAAGCAUCUGGGGCCCUCCAACGAGUGGCCAUUCCACUCCCUUGCGCGAAAACAUCCCCGAAUCUCCCAGCCAGGAGGGCUUCCCGGACCUGAUACCUACCACAACCAGCUCGAUGAAUGGCCCCGCACGAAGGGCCAGAGCCGGUACAGUUCCCUCACGAUUCUCCCCCGUUGGUGCUCUGAACGAAGCGAAUCUGCAACAGCCCUUUAUUUCUCAAUCGUCUCGGCCUACGCCUUCGACCAGUCCAUUCCGGCCCUCCGGAGUGUCUGGUAUCGAGACAAGCGCAAGGACGGCGACAACUGCCGCCCCAAGCGGUACGGGCAGCCUGUCGCGUCUGCGAGCUGGCUCGAUGCCACAAAGGACAAACUACCUUGGAUCGGCUAGUCCGUUCGGCCCUUCUCUGUUCUCAACGAAUUGGUCAAGCGCCAGGGACCGAGCCACAACCUUGACGAGCAUUCGAUCCUCAGAAGGUCCUGCCUCCCCCAGCCAAUCUUCAUUCUCGAGAGAUGGCCUCACGGACAGUGAUGUUAAGACUCUGGACUACCUGGGUCUCGCGGAGACCCCUCAACAAGCACGAGCCAAUCUGGUGGCGAGAUCAUCUGUCGAUGUCCUUCUCCAGCAACAGGAACAGCAACAAGCAUCCGCGCUCCCACCGUUGCUUGCUGAGCUGGCCAUGAUGAAGAAUAACAAUCGUUUCCGGUCUUAUUCCGUCAACGCCAAGGAGAAAUACGCGGAUGAUGAGGACCUGGAGUACGCAUCCCGCUAUUCUCAACUUCCCUCUGGUACUGUCACUCCUUCCGCCGCAGCGGCAGCAGCCCAAUUGGCUGCCACUCAGGCUCAGAUCCAUCAACACAAUCUUGCCGUUCAAGCCUUCGCCAACCAUGCAUCGGUCAACCGCCCGAGGGCCAGAACUGCCGGUAUUCUAGAGGCCCCUCCUCAACGAUCAUCCAUCCGCAACUACCUUGCCACCCCAUCUCGUCUGGAGAACAGCUUCAGCGCGGCUGAUCUCCAUAUUGCGGAAACCGGAGAAUACGAUGAGCUGUCCGAAGCCGUGCAGCUGAUGAACCUCGGUGGUGGUGGUGGUGGUGGCGGCGGCCCUAAUAUGGAUAUUAGAGCCGCUGGAGAAACUGCAGAUGAAGGUAAUCAGGAUGGACCCACUCGCGCUUUGUGGAUUGGUAGUAUUCCCGUCUCGACGACUGUCACCUCCCUAGAGGCGAUCUUUGGCAUGUACGGCAAAAUCGAAUCUACCCGUGUGCUGACACACAAGAACUGCGGCUUCGUCAACUUUGAACGGCUCGACAGUGCCAUCCAAGCCAAAUCUUUGCUUAAUGGCAAGGAGAUCUUCCCAGGCGCUGGCCCGGUUCGGAUCGGGUAUGCUAAAGUGCCGGGUUCUUCUGCAUCCGGCACCCCCGGAACCAAUGGUGUGCCAUCUUCCCUUACUCCUGAUCCCAAUUUCAAGCCUGGCACCUCCGAUAGCUUGGACAACUCGGAUUUUACGGGCUCGAACGUCCCCCAAAUCCCUGCUCUCCCCGACCUUCAACCAGAGAUGCUCCAGAUAGUCAAGGAAUUUGGCGCUACGGAAGAUGAUGUCUUCAAGAUUACAGCUGGGAUUCAACGAGCCAUUGGUUUCCGAGCUUUUGAAGACGAGAUUCCCUCAGUUCCUGAGCCAAGCCAAGCCAGGAUGUUCGAUGCCCCACGACUUCGAGACAUUCGUAAGAGAAUCGAUAAUGGCGCUUGCUCCAUCCAGGAAAUUGAGGAAACUGCAGUUGCAAUGCUCCCAGAGAUCGCGGAGCUGUCCUCGGACUAUUUGGGCAACACAGUCGUCCAGAAACUGUUUGAAUUCUGCUCGGAGGAGACGAAAGAACAAAUGCUGGUUUCAAUCGCGCCUCAUCUUGCCGAGAUUGGUGUUCACAAGAAUGGUACCUGGGCUGCGCAGAAGAUCAUUGAUGUUGCCAAGACUCCUGCGCAAAUGAAGAUGAUCGCCGAGGCUCUCCGUCCUUAUACUGUGCCUCUCUUCCUUGAUCAGUACGGCAACUACGUCCUGCAGUGCUGCUUGCGUUUCGGUGCCCCGUAUAAUGAUUUCAUCUUUGAGACCAUGUUGAGCCGUAUGUGGGAAGUUGCGCAAGGGCGGUUCGGUGCCCGCGCCAUGCGAGCCUGUCUGGAAAGCCACCAUGCCACAAAGGAUCAGCAGCGGAUGCUUGCGGCAGCUGUUGCUCUUCACAGUGUUCAGCUUGCGACGAAUGCCAACGGUGCCCUCCUGCUUACAUGGUUCCUGGAUACAUGCACAUUCCCUCGUCGUCGCACCGUACUCGCUCCUCGGCUCGUUCCACAUCUGGUCCAUCUGUGCACCCACAAGGUCGCUUACUUGACCGUCCUCAAAGUCAUCAAUCAGCGUAAUGAGCCUGAGGCACGUGAGAUUGUACUGAACGCUUUGUUCUUCAGUCCCGGUGAUGAGACUCUGGAGAGGAUCCUCAGCGAUCAGACAUCUGGCGCCACCCUGAUCUUCAAAGUGCUGACCACACCGUUCUUCGACGAAUCGAUGCGUUCGGAGGUUGUGAAGAAUGUUGCCAAAGUGCUCACCCAGUUGAAAGCCACUCCGAACCAAGGCUACAAGCGCUUGAUGGACGAAGUUGGAUUGUCCUCUCGUGGAGGUGCUCGUGAUAACCACCAUGGGCGAGAGCACGUGGGUCAUGGAACCAAUGCUGAAAAGCCACAACACCGUCCAACUUCUCGGCAAGCCCCACCACCCAUGGACAGGCAGUUCAAUGGACAAUUUGCACCUGGCCUCCUUGCCCAGAACCCGGACAGCAUGAGACCCGGCUCCGAGCAGCAGCCAGGCAUGGCACCUUUUGAUCCGUAUACCGUCAAUGGGGCCAACGGUUUGAGCCCCACGGGUGCAGUAAACCCUCUGAAUGGACUAGCUGGCAUCAACGGGGGCGGGUUUGUCCAGGAACCCCUGAUGCCGCUUACCCAGCAACAGCUACAAUACCAAGCUUAUUUGGCGGCCCAGUCCCGGGGCGUCUCCCCAGGUGGUCUCUAUCCAAGCCUUGGCAAUCCUAGCUUUGGCUACCCAGCUGGUACACCCUCUGUGGAUCCUCUUCGACAAUCUGCUCCGUUGCCUGGAGCACCCGCUCAGUUGCUGAACCAGCAGGCGUAUGCGCCCCAGCAGUUUAGCCCCGUCAUGAGUACAGCACAGAUGUACCAAUAUCCUCCCCAGUUCUAUUCUCAGACACCCCAGGCCCCUGGACAGUCGGCCGGGGGACGUCGCGGACGUGUAAGUCAUUCCCAAGCAUGCUAG